AUGUACAUAAUAAAGAGGCUGAUGGAAGUACUCAGGGAUCAGACAGGACAUACCGAGACAUAUCUGCCCGACGUCAUGACCAUUUCUAUUCAAGACAAGAGCGACAGACACGCCGCAGUGACAGAUCCUGAAGUUAACACUUUCCACAGAGCCAUUGCCUCCAUUGUUGUGCUGGCGCAGUGCUUCGGGCUCCUGCCUGUCCACGGUGUCACCGCCCCUAGCGCCCAAUCUCUUAGGUUUCGAUGGGCGAGUGCCCGCGUGGUGUACACGGCCUUUGUGCUGUGUCUUUUGCUCUUCAUGGUCUUGUUCUGCAGCCUCUACACCCUGCAGAUCGGAGGUUCAUUUCAAGAUGCUCAGUGCAUGAUCUUCUACGGUAUAGGGACUGCCACGUACGCCAUGUUCCUGGAGAUAGCCAGGCGCUGGCCGCGGCUUAUGGUGCAGUGGAGCACCGUGGAACAGAAGCAGAGUUGCUACGGUCCGUCACGGCGCCUGCGUCUCAAGAUUCGAUGUAUCACCGCCAUGAUUCUAUCGGGAGCAGCAGUUGAACACCUCCUGAACGAGUACAACAACUUGAAAUUCGCUGCUCAGCAAGCCAACACCACGACUAGCAUCAUUCGCCAGUACAUGCUCAAGAGUCACCAUCAUCUGUUCAACUACGUCGGUUAUUCUCACGCCUGCGCAGCCGUUGCCACCAUGGCCGGAGCUCUAGCCACCUUCUCCUGGAACUACAUGGAUCUUUUCAUCUCCAUCACCAGCAUCGCGCUAGCCGAGCGGUUCCGCCUGCUGAACCGACACCUGCAGAACGUCAGAGGAAAGACGCUACCAGGGCAGAUCUGGAAGCAAAUCCGUGAGCAUUAUACGAGUCUGAUGGACCUGACAGACACACUCAACUUGUGCAUAUCUCACAUGGUGCUUUUGUCUUUUGGAAGCAAUCUUUACUUCAUAUGCCUCCAGCUCUUCAAUACUCUUGGUCGGCUUGCCAAGUGGUAUGAACGGGUCUAUUUCUACUGGUCCUUCGGGUUCCUAAUCCUACGAACAGUCACGAUGUCGCUCUCUGUGGCCAGCAUCAACGAUGAGAGUCAUCUUCCCAGGUCGGUGCUCUUUGCUGUUCCGGCAAGGGGCUACAACGUUGAAGUGUCGCGGUUCCUACAACUGGUUACCACGUGCGAGGUGGCGCUCACAGGCCUCAAUUUCUUCUCGGUGACCCGGACAAUGCUGCUCACGAUGGCGGGUACGAUUGUGACUUAUGAAAUCGUGCUAGUCCAAUUCAGUCACAACGAUUCCUGA